CCUUUCAACUUACAAGCGUGACGGAAAAUUCAGUUUUGUUAUUUGUUUGCCAUAAAUGCAACACUUAAGAUAUGUUAGCAGCUCCAGUUAACCGACUCUGUGCGCAUGACAGACCGCAACAUCACGUGAAGGUCACACUUUGCCAGCAGCCAAUGAACAACCUGGAAGUUUGACACGUCAGACUUUCUCCAGUGAACAUGAACGCAACAUGUUACAGCACCGCAGCUGAAAACAGCAGAUAAUUAUGUCACGAAGGUAUAAAUGUCGCCUACAGACAGGAAGUGACAGUGAGAAGUUAUCACAUAAGCAGAAUCUCCGACAUUUUUCUCUUUCUGUCCUCUCGCUAGAAUUUCACUUUUUAACAGUUUUAUAUUGUUUCUACCCGGUGAUUAUUCACUGCUGCACAAAAUAAAAAUGUUUUUCGCUGUCUGUUAUUUACAUGGAUAAACUUCUGUUUGGUCUCUUUAUUUACGGUGUACUUGUGUCCGACAUGUUGCUUUUACCUGUGUUACGGUAAUUAAAAAAAAAAAAAAAAAACUGUUGCGCUUCUCCUUCAGUCUUUACGGCUGGCUGCAGCCCAUGUGUCCGGAAGUGGCUCUGCUUGUUCUGCUUCUGUUUUGAGGCAGAAAACCCUCCAGAGAAGAAGCUGAGGAGUUGUAAAACAUCGUGUCGGGCUGGUGUGACGGGGGCCGGCGGGGUGAUCCGGUGAGCCCCGCGGCUGAAACAUGGGCCUCCUGGCGACCAUACGGAGGGAAUGGUUCAUCAUCGGGAUACUUCUGGUCAUCUUAUCGGCCAAAGUGCAGCCCAGCAUCGGUGUCAGAGGAGGUCCGUUGAGGCCAGAGAUCACCGUGGCCUACGUCGCUGUCUCGCUCAUUUUCUUCAACAGCGGCCUGUCGCUGAAGACGGAGGAGUUGACCAGCGCGUUGCUUCACGUUCGCCUCCACCUGUUCGUUCAGUCCUUCACGCUCAUCUUCUUCCCGCUCGCCAUCUGGCUGCUGCUCAGAGUGCUCGCACUGACCGCCAUCGACCAAUGGCUGCUCAGAGGGUUACAGACGGUGAGCUGCAUGCCCCCUCCGGUCUCCUCUGCUGUUAUUCUCACCAAGGCUGUCGGAGGCAACGAGGCUGCUGCCAUCUUUAACUCGGCGUUUGGAAGCUUCCUGGGGAUCGUAGUAACUCCGGUGCUGCUGCUGCUGUUUCUCGGCUCUUCGUCCUCCGUUCCCUUCUCCUCCAUCUUCUCUCAGCUCUUCAUGACUGUGGUGGUUCCUCUGAUCCUGGGUCAGGUGUGUCGUGGUUUCCUCAGGGAGUGUCUGGAGCGGCGAAAGCCUCCGUUCGGCGCCAUCAGCAGCGCCGUCCUCCUCAUGAUCAUCUACACCACCUUCUGUGACACGUUCAGCAACCCCAACAUCGAGCUGGACCCCACCAGCCUGCUGCUGGUCGUCCUCAUCAUUUUCUCCAUCCAGGUGAGCUUCAUGCUGCUCACGUUCGCUUUUUCUACCAGGUCGGGUUCAGGAUUCAGCCCUGCAGACACUGUGGCCAUCAUGUUCUGCUCCACACACAAGUCUCUGACUCUGGGCAUCCCCAUGUUAAAGAUCGUGUUUGCAGGUUACGAGCAUCUCUCCCUGAUCUCAGUGCCUCUGCUGAUCUACCACCCGGCUCAGAUCCUGCUGGGCUCCGUGCUCGUACCGACCAUCCGCGGCUGGAUGACGAGCCGGCAGAAGUUUAGUCUGUUGUUGCGAUAGGGCCGCAUUCCAACACUACUGACCUGAGCGACGAAGCUGUCGGCUCUUCAGCCCGUCUGAGGAAGACGAGGUAACGACGUGAGCUCGCGUGUUUGUGCGGUAAUGGUGGGCCUCGGCGGAGGGAUGUGCCUUAUGACAACCAAUCAACAGAGACCUCAGCCAGGCGUUUCUACAACAUAAACUGAUAUUUCAUACUUCCACCGUGCUUUCUUUUAUAUUUGAAAGAAUUUAUUUUUUUAUGAAACACCCAAAAAUCCCUGCCAAAAGAGGUCAUCUGUUUCUUCCUUUUUUUAAACAAAGGGAGCGUUGAAGGAAGCGUGGGGUCGCCGGGACCAUUCUUUUUUAAUUCUUCUUGCUAUUUUCUACAUUUUUCUACUCUGUCGUUCCUCUAGCGGUCACUGCCAGGACGUGUGGACGCUGGACCGUCUGGUUUCCUACACAGUAAAAAUAAUGACGGCUGUUAUGAUUGAUUUCUGUUUGUGCCCUGCGGUGAUUAUCUGUCCAGAUGAUGACGGACUGACAUGAACAUGGAUGCUCACGUCUCUCUUCUUGUAUUAUUCACACAUUAAGUUCAAUUGUUUUAAUGUCAGAUUCUUUCGCCGUACAGCUCAGAUUCUGAACAAAUAUGUCGAUCAGUUUUAACUUUGACCAGCGAGGAGGCGAGACUGCGACCUGAGCUCAAGUCAAGCAAAGUAAAGAGCUGGAAAAAAAUAUUUAAAUCUCUCUGCUGAUGUCGAGACAUGGAGAUAUUUGCUCAUAAAGCAAAAUAUUUGCUGUAUUUUAAAAGAAACAAAAUGUAAUUCAGGGGCCAACUUGUCCAUCCUAAAUGACUAUCCUGUUGCCUCUUGGUGGCGCUGGAGGAAAAGUGAGGGAAUAAUCAAGUCUGAUGGACUGACUGACAAACACCUGCAGAGGUCUUUGACCCGCACAGGGUCGUGGUCUCAUCACCAAACUUAGUUUCUGAGUUGUAGACGGUGAUCAAGGUUUGCGGAACCAGUUUGCCCUAUUCAGAGGGAUGACAGUGAAUGUAUCAUCAUCACAACCAACAAGAGCUGGAGCUGCAACACGUAGCAUCCAUCAAAGUGUUUGUCAGUCAGCUCAUUCAAGGAUCACGUUAUCUUUUGAGCCAGUCGUUGGCUCUUUUCUCUGAACGAUUCCCUCUCUGCUCAGCCUGUUUCAGUUCUGUUCUUACGCUCCUCUGAUGUGGCGUAUCGCACAUGUCGACUGGUUGGAAAGAUGUUCGGCGGGGUCUGUGUGGGUCUGUUCUGUAGUUCAUGUUUACACUAAGAAGCAUAACAAAUAAAACUACAACUUUUAACAGAAAA